CGCGACCCGCGCGUAGUUAAGUGAGGUCGCGCAGUGGAACCAUGGACUGGCUAAUGGUCCUUCUCUCGCCUUUUGUCGUGGCCUUUGUCUAUCCAGUUGUAAUGCUUAUCAUGAUGUAUGGCGCUGCAGUUUUUCUGCACGUUUAUCGUCACAGACGGCGCGAGAUUUUCGACGCAUACUCAGAGAAUUAUUGGGACGGUGCAAUGCAAACGGUUGCAGCUGUGUUCGAUGCGCAUGGCUCCCUUUGGCAUGGUAAGAAAAACAAUUUUAGCCACGAAGAUAUUUCUUGCAAGUGCUUCGCGAAAUUGAUAAAUAGUAGACAGGUUUCAUGGGUGCGCGAUGCACAUACGCACAUGUAUUUUGCUGCCUCUUCUAGUUUGCGCUUUUCUUUUUUUCUUCUUUUUUUCAGAUUUUCCCAAAACAGUCGUUUUAGCUAUUGAACGUUAACAAUUUCUAUUCAUUUUAGUAACAUACAUCUGUAGCCUCAUAAAUAGGCUAGCUCGUCAACCUUAACAAUUUUACGUUGGGUGCAUACGUGAAAAUGUUUCGUACCGGUUGCAUGGCCAAAGCUAGCCUGUGUGCGUUCUUGAAACUAGAGCCGGAAAUCCUGUGAUCUCUCAUAGGGGUGUCACUUACAAGUUUUGCAAUAGAAUAUUCCUUAUUUUUUACCUUCCAUGCUAUACAUGAUUAAUUAAAUCUACUUAAAACCUAAAAGUAUUUGUAAUUCUACUUUUUAAGACAGCUAUAUUGUAAACUAAGGAUGGUUAAUCUCUGCAUGUUUUUUUUUAACCAUCACGUUCAUUUGAGAAACAGGAAACACGAGAGGGUGCCAAUGACCCAGGUCUCAAAAAAAAUAUUUCAUAGAGGUCUCUUUCAAAAUCAAUUUACCUAAAACCAUUUCUUGAGAUUGACUCAGUGCUACAAUACUUGUAUGAAAACACAAAUUGAGUUGUCAUAAAAAGCUGUUUUCCAUUGAGUUAUUUUUGUUGGUGUGAUUUUAGUCAGGUUGGAGCCAAAUUUUUCUCCCAGUAGCUCAUGUUUUCUUGCUGGGUCAUUGGGUCAGGGGUGUGCUGUGGGAGUGUUAUCCUUAAACCAACGGGAGAAAAGUAAAUUCUUAGAAAUUUGAUUCCUCAUUUGCUCGAAAGCAAGGUGAAGGGCACUGAGAGAAAUGAAUAUUCUAGAGAGGAAAGUUAUGUAAUAUUUAUGUUCCUAAACCAAAUAACCUAUAUAUAUAUAUAUAUAUAUAUAAAUAUGAGGAAAACAGUCUUAAAAUUUUGACAUUUCUGAUUUCUGAUUUCUGAUGUUCUACUAAGAAAUUAUUAUGAAGAGAUUGACACUUUUACUCCCAAGAUCUGAUUGUUAAUUUCCUUGUAAAUUAGUUAGGAGAAUUUGAUGUAAGGUCAAGCUAUAACUUAUACCUGAUAAGUCGGAAUAUUCUCAUCACCUCUUUACCUGAUAAUGUAUGGAUAUUAUAGGGAGAAGUUACAUAUCAGUCAGUUAUGGAGGGUAAAAAGUUGAAGCUUAUUCACUGAGAGAUCAUUGCCAAACACAAAAAAGUCUGGGGUUUGAUUCUGAUUGGGGAUUCUGAUUAAACUCUGACUUUUUGUUCCAGGCUCAUUACAAAGCUAAGUUCUUUCUUUAUAUUUUUUUUGUCACAGUUUUCUACCUUAUGAAAUUUUACAAAAAUUGAGGUCAAUUAUUGUUUUAUUUCAUUCAAGGUUAUGACCUUGUGGGAAUGGAGAAGUUACCAGACAAAGGACCAGCACUAUUGAUAUACUAUCAUGGGGCCUUGCCUCUGGAUAUGUAUUAUAUACUAUCUAGACUACUGCUUUGCAAAAAGAGAAGGCUGAGGAAUGUGGCAGCUACAUUUUUGUUUCAUAUACCAGGUAUUGUGCUGUUAUGGCCUGCUAGGCUGAAAUAAUAUUUAGUUACUAGUUGUACUGAUGAUCUGUAGAGGAUUAGGGAAAGUGGCAUGAAAAAAGAAAAUGGAAAAAUCAAAACAGGUUUGAAAAGAUAUGUUAUGGUGAAUUUUAUACAUUCAAACUAUUUCAAUAGUUGUUGAGCAGGUUUGUGGAUGGAUGGAUUUGGUCGUUACCAUUUACACCCCAGCAUCAGAAUGUAUAUUCUCUAUACUGUUCUCCAUACAUUUCCUAUGGUACUAACAGGAAGAAUUUGCUUGUCAAUCAGGAACUUUUGAAAUUGUUGAUCAUUUCCUUUCUUCUCAUGACUUUUGUAUUUGAUUCAGUGGUGAUAUUAUGAGAAGAAAUUAGAAGUCAGUCACUCUAAGAGUUUAAAGGGUUAAAAGUUGAUAGAUUAAUGACUUUUCUCUCUGAAAAAUAUAGAGGAUAGAAGCUUUGAUAAAAAUUUUGGCCCUGUAACAUAAUUCUGUUUGUGUGAAUCAGAUUUAUGGUACCAUUAUUCUUCUGUAAACCUCAGUUUGAUUGGUUUGUUAUUGGUAUCUGUUUGACUCAAUUUUUUCACUUUUGGGUAUGUAGAGAAUGUUUCAAAACUUUUGUCUAACUUUGACAUGUUAUUAUCUAUUGUGCAAUUAAGUUUGUAAAACCAAUAUACUUCUUUCCUAUACAUCAGUAAAAACAGGACACUUCAAAUCAAUCUUAAUGUUAUAGCAAAACAGCAAAAAACUAAUACGAGACUAUUGAUUUUUACAAUGUUGUAUCACUCAGAAACUUUGUCCGCACUCUCUGAUGGUUACACACACAUAAUAAUAUAUCAACCUAACUUGUAAAUUUGAGUGAAAACAAUUGAUAAAAUAACAAAGGAAAAAGAUAUUGCCCAAUCAUUAGCUUAAUGAACAAUUCCUGUGAGUGAGAGUGAAAUUAAAAUCUUGACCAUCAAGUAAAUUUGUCGUAACAAUAGAUUGAGACAUACAUUACACUCAUUUGCAGUAAAUGAUCCCUUACAAAAAUUUGAAAAACUCUUCUCUUGAUAGUUACUACACCAUAUCCUUUAACCUUAUUUAUACCUAAUUUUCUUGAAGGUAUUCAGUUGCUUCUCGAAGUUUGUGGAGCUGUAGAAGGACGCUCCAGAGAGCAAUGUGUGGAGAUUCUAAAGGUUUGAAUUUUGCUGAUAAACAAUGAUUGAAAGUUAAUUUGAAUUUAUUAAUAGAAGACCAAAAUUUUUUAACUUGCAGUGAUAACCUAGAACCCAGGAUUGAACUUGAUUUAGGUGUGUCUUUGACCCUCAAUAAACAUCUCUAAGUUUAAGAUCCAAGGUUACUCUGUGUGUUAAUUUUAAUUCUCCCUUCUAGCAGCUACAUAUUUCCUUAUAAAUUAGUGAAGAGAAUUUGGUGUAAGAUCAAGAUAACAACCUCUACCUGAUAAGUUUGAGUAUUCUUAUUACCUGUUUGCUGGAUAAUGUAUGGUUAUUUUAGGGAGAAGUUACAAGUUAAUCACCUGGAAUAAGGGCUUUUUUGCCAUGCACCCUCCUUUAAAAAUAUAAUAGGCUGUCGCAAUUACUUUUAGUUGGCAUUAUAAAAAAAAGGUGCACAGUCAUAGUUUUAAGUUUCUUGUUGUUCACUGAUGAGGGAAAUUCUUUUUCUAGAAUGGUGACUUAUUGGCCAUUUCUCCAGGAGGUGUUAGGGAAGCUUUGUUUUCUGAUGAAUAUUACACUAUGAUAUGGAAUGGAAGGCGAGGAUUUGCCAAAGUAGCUCUUGAGGCCAAAGUGGUGAGUAUUUAAUCACAGAUUCAUUCUGCUUUAGGGAAAUUGAAAGGCUCUCCAUUUCAGGUCUAUUUAGCACCCUGGCUGGUGUGGUUACUUGGUGGAAUUUGGUAUUCAGUUCAUAUAAGAAAAGCCGUUCAGUUUUCAAGCUGAAAUUCUAGCCCUGUCACUAUUUUAAUGCACAAUUUCACCUCAGCCACUGUUAUCAAUUAUAAAAAGGCAUAACCUUUUAAGCUCAAGGUCCUUUUAGGGGUAUAGGGAUACAAGACCUUUUUUGGUAAAAAAUGGGAUACUUGAGGAUGAAAUUAAUGGGAUGUGGUGUAUUUAAACUAGAGAUUUCAGGGUAUUGAAGUGAAAUUAUAGGGAUCCGAAACAAACCAAGGAAUUAAUGCAAUAUGGGAUAUUUAGGCUACACUGAGAGAUUUUAGGGGAACAAAACAGUGGAAUUAACAUGAUAAGGGAUAUUAAGGCUAAAUAUUAAAAGGAUACGGGAUACUCCGUUACCUCCCAAUAGGGUCUCAAGUUCAUCCUGGCUUCUAGGUUAGAGUCAGAAAGAAAUUCAUCUUAGCUAAUUCAGAUCAUGGUUAUAAGGUUAAGGGAGAAUAGGAAAAUGCUUCUUCUUCAGCCCCCUUCUCAUACAGGACCCCCACAGUCUUACCCCUUAGAACAUGAAAGGUAUCCAGUCACUUCACCCCGUGGUCAUUUCGUCCCCAGUCACUUCGCUUUAAUCAAAAGUCAGUUUGCUCCAUAAUCGAAGUCACUUUGCUCCAUACAAAAGUUAUUUUGCUCCAUGUAAAAAAUUAGUGAAAUAUUGUAGUGAACUUUUUGUUUUGAUGUUGGAGUUGGACUGAUUUUGAACUUAUGUCAGUUCAGAUUUUUUAACUAAUGCAGCUUCCAGUCGCAUUCGCUUACACUUGGUAAACGAAAUAUCAUUUCGUAACUUUUGCAUCAACAACAUCGGCAUGGCAAAGUUACUUGGGAUGGGAGGAUGUGGAAAGGGGAGAGGGGGGCAGAUGACUGCUCACUUCCAUGUUUCUUACAUUAUGCAGGUUUUUCUCUGUCAUUCUCUCCACAGCCCAUCUAUCCUGUUUAUACACAGAAUGUAAGAGAAGCCAUCCGCUCCAUUCAAAUUGGACGCAGUAAGUACAAGGGAUAUUUAUGAUUUUAAGAGAAGGAAGAAAAAACUAAUGUGACUCUUUAACCCUUAAGAGUGAAUGGCAUCUAAUAUCUCUUUACAGUAUUCCCCUUGAAUCAAAUGUGAAAGUCAUGAGAACAAAGGACAUUAUUACUAAUUUUAGAAGCUGGUUUUUGUCAAACAAAUCCUUUAUGUCAGCAUAGUAGGAAAUGUAAAGAGAACAGGUUUAAGAAUAGCAAUACCAGUGUUAGGGUUCAGCGGGUCCAAAUAUCAUGCUUUUUUUGUUCCCUAAGGUAAAUCAUUAUAGUAUAAUUAGUAUCAUGUUUUAAUCUUGAGUAAGGUUGUACAAUUACUAUGAAACUCUUGCCUGAUUGUUUGUUUUGAUUUAGACCCACUCUGACUUGAAUAGUUACCGGUAGUUAUGAAGAGCAUUAUAAGGAUACAACACGGUUUCAUCACAAGUUAAUCUUAAUUUAAAGAUGAUAAGAGUUUGAAUUGACCAUCUUGCAGAAUGGUUUCGAAAGUUAUAUGAAUGGACAAAGCUACCACUUGUUCCACUGUAUGGUGGUUUUCCUGUCAAGUUGAGGUAUAUUUCUUAAAAGCUUAUUGUAAAAAAUUUUGACUUAUGAUUCUCUGAUUGGAGGAGAUUAGUGACCAAUUUACCCAAAUUUUACAAUGUCUGAUCUGCCAGCUUGAAAAUGGAAUUAAGUUCCCAGAGUAAGCUGUAAAACUCUUUCCAAGUUGAAAUUGUUUGUUCAAUAUUUGUAGUCUGAUUUUUUGUGCUUCCUCAUUAACAAGUGCUCAUUCUUUUUGUUCUUUAUUCUUUUUUUGAUUUUAGAACCUUCAUAGGAGAUCCUAUUUACUUUGAUUCUAAAUUGACCAGUGAUGAAUUAGCUGGGAAGGUACAGACAUAACUCUUGUACUGAUUCUGUGAUAGUUCCUUGUAUUGCUUUGUCUUAAUGUGACAUUUCCAUUACAAAAGGUAAUUUCAGUGAAUUGCUCUAUGGUCAUUCAAUCUUCAAACAACUAGGACCAAUUUGUUUUACCCUUUAACUCCUAAGAUUAGAUUGUGAAUUCUCCCUUUUGCCUCUACACUUUUCCUUAUUUGUUAGUUACAAUAAUUUGGUGUUUAAUCAAAAUGACAACUUCUACAUGAAAAGUUUGAGUAUUCUCAUUACCUGUUUUCUGAAUAAUGUAUGCAUAUUAGAUGAAGAAGUUACAUUGCUUAUCACCUCUGGGAGUUAAGGGGUUAAAACACUUUUUCUUAGGUUCAGAAGGGAAUCCAAGAACUGAUACUGACCCACCAAAAGUUACCUGGUAGCAUCAUUACAGCACUCCAAGACAGAUGGAAAUUGAAAAACAGCUCUGUGAAAAUUGCCAAGUAAAUUAACAUUUCCUUCAGGCCUCUAUAUAAUAACAAGUAAGUGAAACAGUGAAUCCUGACCAUAAAUUUUCUAAGCUGAUUGGUGGGAUCAAAAUUAAUGAAUCAAAUCAAUUGAUCGUGAUUAAUAUUAACUUAAUAUUUUUGAGGUGAUAUUUAUCUCAGAGCCAGCUACAUGCUUGAUUAAAUAUUUGUGCAACUGAAGUCAAAAGAUAUCUUCAGUUUGUAUGUUUCAUUUACCACCCCAGGUCAAGUGAUAAUACUCUAGGGAACUUUAUCUUUCAAAUUUCUACUUAUUCAUGUACAUGUUAACACAUAAUUUACAAGGGAUAAAGCUGGGAAUUCAUUUGAGACCUGGAAUUGGUAAAUGAAACAUACAAACCAGAGGUCUAUUAUAUUACUUCUGACAGUACAAAUUAUUUCUCUUAGAUAGGAACAGAAAAAGAAAGGGCAUAUUUUGAAUUAUCACAUAAUUUGUUUUCAGUUAGAAAAGCAAUUAUUAGCUGGGGAAUAAUACUAAAAUUUAAUAUAUAUUUGUAUGUAACAAUCUUUAAAUUAAUAUAUUAUAUUUUUGUACAUUUCCACUUUCAAAAUUAAAUAAGUGACUUCAUACUUUAGUGUGCAUGUACAGCAUAGGGACAUAGCGCUCUUGAAUUUCAAUGAUCAUAUUUUAAUUUGAAAUUUUUACUUUCAUCAAUUCAUAAUUCAUUUUAUAAUUUAUUACCUAGUUUUUUCUUCAGUUUCCAAAAUAUGACAUCCUCAGAACAGCACGAACUCUCUGCACUUGUCUUUCAAAUAUAAAGUGAUAAACCCCCGAUGAUGCUUUUUUGAAAGUGUUUUUUUUUCCCUUACUUUAUCAAUAUUACUACAAAUGAAUUAAGCCUUUUUGCUACAAAAUGGAAAAUGUAUUUUAUUUCCUUAAAAUGGGAAAUUGUCUCAUUCCACUGGGAGAUGAGAAUUUUAUCUUCUCAUGGUGCCAUCAGCACUCUAAGAUAGGAAGGCAUCUCCACAUGGGCAUGUGAAAUCCUCUUUAUAUCUUGAAAAUUAUUAUAAUGAUUUUUUUGUUGAGUGGAGAGGAAUCACUAGUUCUUAAUUCUCAAUAUUUUUUAUGUCUGUAUAGCUCAACAUUAUUUAUUAAAUGAUGCUUUAAUAACGGUUUAAAAAAAAGUUGAGAUAAAAACUUUAACACAUGAAAAAUCCGACAUCUUUAAAUUUUUCUAUAUUUAUCGAGUACAAAAUUAAAUUGACGUAAUUAUAGUUUAUAUCAAAAUCACAUACUGUAUUAUAGAAUGCCAGAU